AUGAAGUACCUGUAUAUCAAUUACAUAUCUUGCAUGAGGAAACCAUUCGAAGAUUCAAAGCCGGGAUUUUCUCUUAGAAUUGAAGAAACUGAUCCCAACUUGAUGUGCCGAUGGUCUUUUAUGGUGAGCCGAUUGGUGAAAAUUGAAAUUCUGCACUUUGAUAUACCAGGCGGCGUGGACUGCAGUGGCGAUAAUUUCACUAUAUUAUCGGGAUUGUCAAAAUAUAAUCCAGAUUUCUCUAACAAAGGCGAUUGGACUGUAAAAGGAGUGUACUGCAAUGCUAACCGACCAAGGGCCGUUUGGUACCUUGAAACUGACUUCCUAGUUGAAUUUGCUACUGAUGACAGUAUCGCCGGGACAGGAUUUUUAUUGAAAUGGCAAGAAAAUAGAGAAGAGAAACAACGCGCCACCUUUAGACAAGUCUCUAUGAUAAACGAUUGGGCACAUGUGCUUGCAGCUAAUGGUCAAGAUGUAGAAAGAUAUGCGCGUUUUUUUAUCAAUCAGACUCAAUUCCAUUUCUGUGGAAGAAUGAAGUACAAUUAUCAAUUAUUUGUUGAAUAUCCAUAUAAAUGUUACCUGAGACAUGAUGAAUUUAUCACCAAGAAUCAGCCUGUUAGCUGGAAUAAAGCGUACUCCAAAUGUAAUCAGCUUGGAGGAAAACUUGUAGCAGUUUCUAAUAGUGUCGAAGAUGCUAUUGUACGAUCAUUCACUGACCUUGGCGUUGUGAAUAAUUCAUUCAUCGGACUUUACCGUAAUCACUCUAGUGGCAUGCUUUACGACACAACAGGGGAGAAAUAUAUGUACAUGAGAUGGGGAUUUGACAAUGCCGUAAUGUCAGUAGAACCUAAUGGGUUUGGUUUGAACAACUGCCUUAUGCUGAGGGAUAUUCUCCAGACGUCUGGCACUUUUUCGAAUUCAAAAUGGGCAGAUGUAAACUGUGAUGAAGAAUUUAUAGCCUUAGUGGUAUGUGAACGGCCAAUCCGCAUACCGGGGACGAUUAGAUUCUCUAGAUUUACCUUCGAGGAUUUGAGUAGAAAUGGAACUGGUAUACAAAACAAUAGUAACCUUUUUAUGUGUGAUAAUGGAGAAUAUAUUAGACAGGAAUUUAAAUGCGAUAUGGAGAAAAAUUGUUUGGAUGGUUCUGAUGAGGUAGCAUGUGAUUACCAAGCGUGUUUGUCGGACAAGUUUUAUUGUGGUGAUGAUGAACCUCGAUGUAUAAAUGUAAAUCUGACGUGUGACAGCUAUAGAGACUGUCAUAAUGGAGCUGAUGAAAUAGAUUGUGUUUACCCGGAGUGUGACUACGAUCAAUGGAUGUGCCUAAACGGACAAUGUAUCCCGGAGUUUUCAAAGAAUGAUGGUGUAUUUGACUGCAUGGACAAAUCGGACGAGAUAGUUGACGGUUUUAAAUGGAGGAUCGAUAUACAGAAAAGUGACACUACUGAACAAGAAUUUGACACCCCGUCAGACAACUUUAUUCAAAUAUAUUCAGAAAACGGGCGUUCUGAGAACAUUUAUCUGGUUAAAAACUCAUAUACAAUAGACGGUCCAGUUCUGUCCAUCGUAACAAUGUUGAAUAUGACUAACCCGAUCAAGAUUAGAAUAACUCACUAUGAUGCUAACGGUGAAAAUCGCUGGUACCUGGAGAGGGUUACACUUUACAAUGAGGAAUAUGGUACUUUCAAAUUUGAAUGUCACUGUAUUCUCCCAGACCCAAACAAUAUCUGGAUUCUAUUCCGGGACAUUUCAGUGGACAGUCAAGUAAUAGGAGAGCCUGUAUCAGAAAUGGUCACUUACACAAUCAAAAUAAGGACGGGUGAAGGUUUUGAAGCCAGUACAAAAAACAAAGUGUACAUGACACUGUAUGGCGAUACAUCGGACACUGGAGUUGUCGAAUUAAAACAUCCUUUUGGAUAUAACGAAGAAACUUUUCAAUCGGCUAAUACAGAUGUCUUUACUUAUGAAACAGUUGGUAUUGGAGACAUUGCAAUGGUAAAGCUGUAUCAUUUUGGACCAAAUAUUCUUGACACUUGGUUCUUGGACAAAAUUAUUAUCCACUCCUCCGAUACGAACGUCACAAUAACAACUAUGGCGAAAAAAUGGAUUCCCAAUAUGGUUGCAUCACCAGAGUUUGGCAUGACUCUGUUUAUCAGAGACAGCAUACCAGACUAUGUUCAAAAACGAAGUUGUUCGAAUAACAUGUUCCAAUGUUUGGACGGAUCCUGCAUUAGGAAAAGCUUUUAUUGUGACCAAACCGUGCACUGUCAUGGUCCGUUUCAUGAGGAUGAACCGAUGGCAUGUUCGCCGAGGCAUUUACGUCAGUCUUGCCUUGAAAUGCUCGUGUAUACUAAUUCUCAGGAAGAUUUCUUCCCAAUAUUAUUCAAACAAAGCGACGAACCUUUUGACAUUCACUGUGCGUACGGAGAAGAUGAUGAUAACGAGACAGUUGUUUCUAAAGUUCACAGUGACCUUGAUCAUUGGGUCAAUGUCACCGUACAGGAAUUAAAUAUAACUUACUCGAUAGGCGACGAGGGAAUAGAAAUAUUGAAAGCAAAUUCACAUUAUUGUUCCCAAAAAAUAGAACUUGAAUGUAAACAUUCAAUAGAUGAAGACGUAGACCAAGCUGUAAAGUUUACAGAUAAUAGAGGCAAUUUGUUUGAACCAUUUGCGAAAGGAGGAAAGUAUUGUAAAAAAAGACACAAGUGUCAUUGCCAAAAGAGUACUGUCGAAUGGAUGUCUUUGAGAUAUAUGGAGUUUCUCAAAGAAAGGGAUAUUGUGAUCACUAAAAAAUCAAUGUUACCUAUCAGGGCAGUUUCUCUAAGUCUACGACGACAACAACCUACUGAAAUCAGAGUGCGCAUCAGCCCUCUUGAAUGCUUUGAACGUAUAACAUCUGAUGACAGGUUGGUAUGUAACAACGGAGAGCGGUAUGAUUCAAAAUACCGCUGUUUGUUUACGGACGGAAAUCAUGGUGGGCUUACAGGUUGCCGGGACUUUUCUCACAUAAAUGAUUGCGAGGCAUUUGAAUGUCCUACCGGCUUCGUCAAAUGUCACGCAGGUUAUUGCAUACCUCUUCAUUUUAUAUGCAAUGGUGAAUCUGAAUGCAUGGGAAAUGAAGACGAAAAGGACUGCAACGUAAACAACACCUGUGCAGGUGCACUACGUUGCAGGUUCUCAACAAUCUGUGUCGCAUCAAACAAUAUAUGUGAUGGCUCUUCCGAUUGUCCUUUUAACGAUGACGAGCUUCUUUGUGGAAACUCAACAAAAAUAAUCCGAUCCCUUACUGUUGAAAAGUCGGUAAAAUGGGACAACCAUACCUUUAACGAGUAUGCUGCCCUUGCGACGCUAAAUCUGUCUUCAAAGGGAAUAGAAAAAAUGGGGAAAUAUCUCUUCGAAGGCUUGGCAAAUUUACUACUAUUAGACUUAAGUUUUAACAAACUGACAAACUUGGAGGAGAAUAUUUUUUCUGAUUUAUCUCGUCUUAAAAAGAUUGAUUUACAAGGAAAUCCUGAUAUUAGUGUGAUCGAUCAAGGAACGUUCAAUGGACUUGCAUCAUUGGAAGAAUUAGAAUUGAAAAACAUGAAAAUUUCAGUAAUUAAUACAGGGACAUUUGAAGGGCUCGAUUCGUUAAGAAUUUUAAAUCUUUCAAACAAUCUAAUUUCAACACUAAAAGGGAAAGCAUUUUCUGGUUUACCAAUGUUAAAAACACUCGAUUUAAGAGGAAAUGAAAUAAUUGAUUUUUCAAAGGACGUGUUCUUUGGGCUUGACUCGCUUAAAACUCUCAUCUCUGAUUUAUAUUUAUUGUGUUGCAUAAAACCAUAUUCUGUUCCGGAUGAUCAAUGUUUCCCAACAAGGAAUGAGUUCUCGUCGUGUGAUGAUCUCAUGAGGAACGAGGUUCUGCGAGCAUUCGUUUGGAUAAUUGGGCUGAUAGCUUUGUCUGGGAACGCUUUAGCCUUGGUUUACAGGUUUUUGCAAGAAAAGACCAGUUUUCAAACUGGAAAUGGGAUUCUAUUGACAAAUUUAUGUGUGGCGGAUUUCUUAAUGGGUGUUUACAUGAUCAUCAUAGGCAGUGCUGACUCACACUUUAGAGGGAAAUAUGUGUGGAAUGAUAUUUCAUGGAGGAAUGGUGUAAUGUGCAAAUUAGCAGGUUUUCUAUCAUUCUUAUCGUGUGAAGUAUCUGGAGUUUUCUUAUGUUUGAUCACCAUUGAUCGGUUCGUUACAAUACGUUUUACGUUAAAGAGGAUGGGAUUCAAUAGAAGGAGCGCCAUACUGACUUGUCUGUUGUUUUGGGGUAUUUGUAUAAUACUGGCAGUUGUUCCUUUAGUGGGAAUUCCUUACUUCGACAAGCGGUUUUAUACAAAAUCAGGAGUAUGCCUGGCUCAUCCGCUGACCACAGACAAACGUGGAGGGUGGGAAUACGCCACAGCGAUUUUUGUUUUCUUGAACUUUUUCAUGUUUAUAUUCAUUGCAGUGGGACAGUUUCUUAUUUUCAGAGAGAUUCAGAAGGUCCGCAUUGUCAUUCAAGGACAGCAGCGUGAUGAUGUCGCCAUAGCCAGGAAGUUGUCGCUCGUUGUAAUGACCAACUUCCUGUGCUGGUUCCCGAUAUGUAUUAUGGGACUGAUUGCAAUGUCGAAUGUUGUGAUUGAUAUAGAAGUAUAUGCCUGGGUUGCCGUGUUUGUGUUGCCACUAAAUUCAGCCACAAACCCCAUAGUUUACACAUUGUCAUCUUUGUUUACAAGCGGGAUAGGAGAAAAGGUCAAGAAUAAAUUGUCUCAAGAAAGGAACAAGGGCUUAACGGAGGAUGAUGAAGCCAAGAAACUUCAAGAUUUAUACGAUCAAGGGGUCAUAUUGCUCUGUAAGCAGCAAAGUUCGAUCACAUUGAACAAAUAUUUGGAAAACUUCACACUGAAAUCAUCCGAUGCGGCAGCAAUUACAAGAAAAUUAGCAGAAACGCUUGAUUUCAUUCACACCCUCGGAUUUGUAAUUGGUCCUCUUACAUGCGAGGAAGUUGUUCUUAAACUUACAAGUACAGGAAUGAUUCGUCGCGUGAGUCUUGUUGCCUUGCCGAUAUACUCCGCUACAACCGAUGACGUCAGCAGUGACAUCGGGAACCUUGGCCUUGUCAUUAAAAAGAUGAUCGCAGGUUACGAGUAUAUUGAUUAUAAGCGGAAGAACAGCAAAAUGAAACCACAAACAUCAUUCAAAGAGAAAGUGUUCAAAUUAUUUGGACCGUCAAUCAGUGAAUACUAACUAGUAUUAUGUAAUUCAUUGUAAUGGAGGAAAGACAAAUGAUGGAUUUUUAUCUCCAUGGUUACUUGAUAUUGAUCCGUUUCGGGCUUAAUGACUGGUUUAUAGUGAAUGAUUAGUGUUCCUUACACACACAUAUAUUGAACAUCAAACAUAUUACUUAAAUAUUGUUGUUUUUGGCAUGUCCUUGUUAUAAAUGUCUCUAGAUUUUGUCUUUUGCUUUCUCGUGUAGUUUUCUAAAAAUCCUUUUUAUGAAUGUAAUUGAACAGUCGUGUAUUUUUAUUUUUAUUUUUAUUAAAGAAUUCAACAUCAUUAUUUGUGAAAAGUAUUAUUUCAAAACACGGUUAUUCACCGACAUUUCUUGCCUUAAAUAAGUUAAUGAAUGUUUAAUGUUCAUGUAAAGCUUUUAAUUGAUAUUCAAUAGUUUGUUAUUGCUUUUCUGUCUU